AUGAAGUUAUUCAAACAACUAACAAAUGGUAUGGCCACAAAUUUGAUAUUCAUAGCUUUAAACAAUUGGCCGGGAUCAUAUGCUCUUCAGAAGAGUGGCGUUGCGAACAUAGCCUUAGGUACCAUAAUAAUAAUAAAUUCAAAUUCACAUUUGGUUAAAUUUUGGACCAAAUUUCGAGAUUACAUGACUACUGCGAUCAAGGUAAAUAGGUAUCGCUCAAACCCAUUUUCAAUUAAUAUUCAAAAGAAUAUCAGCAUGAUCCUGAAAGACUUUCAUGAUGAAAUUUUUAUUCAUCAAACUGCCCUCAUCGUAGACUCUACCGAAAUACUAUUUAGGGCUUUGAUAAAGUUAUUAAAGGAUAAAUGCUCGGUAAAUGAUUUUAAUGAAUGCUUAAGAUCAAAUUUAGUUAAUAAAGCUAUAUUUCCCUUUAUUGAUAAUAUAAAUUUCACUGGAAUUACAAAUCAAAUCCAUUUUCAAGAUAGAAUAGUGACUGACAACCAUUUCAUUAUAGAAAAUUAUAAAAAGUGGACAAACAAUCGAUUGGCUACCAUAAAAAUUGGCAUACACGACACCAAAUCGAAUACCAUAAAUUUCUCUGGCGAAUUUCAGUGGUUACAUAUGUCAAACAAUCAAAAUAUAAUAGAAACAUACAAAUGGCCAAUGAAUCCUAAAUCUUUUAAGCUCAGCAAUAUUCCAAGUUCAAGCUGUAGCCAACCAUGCGAAUAUCUGAAGAUAAGAACUUUGACUAUACCGACUGAUUCCCUAUGUUGCUGGACCUGUAAAUCUUGUGAUGUCUUCAAACAAAUAUUAACCACGAAAAUAUCACAACCGUGUUUAACGUGCCCAAAGUAUUUUAGGGCGAACCAAAAUCAAAGCAUGUGCGUAGCAUUACCCGUAAGAUAUAUAGGGAAUGUCUAUUUUUGGCCACAUCUUAUAAAGAUCUUGGGAUCCGUAGCUUUGUUUAUUUUUAUGAUCUUCUUAUUACUAUACCUAAUUUGCUAUGAUAACCUAGCCUUCAGAUCAGAGAUAUUGAUCCUUAUGAACGUUAAUCUACUUGGAAUUCUAUUGGGAAUCAUUUCGGCACUUUUUAUAACCGGCAGAAUUACUAAAAUAACAUGCGAAAUGGCUCAAAUAACUUAUAUGCUAUCUUUUAAUUUCAUAUUAUCGUCAUUCUUGGUUAAAAUAAAAUGCUUAUCUACCAGAUUUUCUAGUCUCAAAAUAGACCAAAAAAAUGAUCAAAUAAACUACAAAAGCAUGUACUGUUUUUUAUUUGGUAUGAUAGGUUUGCAGCUAGCAAUAAAUAUUGUAGGCCUACUGGCUGAUUCAACCUUAAACCCUUUGUAUCGAGAAUACAUUCAAAGAAAUUCGAAUGCUGAUUCUCACGUUAAAAUAUUUUGUAAAUUGUACACUCAAAGUAUGAAUAAUAAAUUAAUAACACGUUGA